AUGGGAAAGAAGAGAAAAAACAAACCCAUGCGACCAUGGUGCUGGUACUGUGAAAAGGAUUUCGAAGAUGACAAAGUCUUAGUCACUCAUCAAAGGGCCAAGCACUUCAAAUGUGAGGUUUGCGGUAAACGACUAACCACAGCAGGUGGUAUGGCAGUACAUGCUAUGCAAGUUCACAAGGUUGAAAUCAACAAAGUACCCAAUGCAAUGAAGGGACGUGAUACUUUGGAUAUUGAGAUUUUCGGUAUGGAAGGGAUCCCGCCUGAAGACUUGGAGAAUUACGAGAUGAGGAAGAAGGGUGUUGACCCCUCCAAGCGGGCAAGAACUGGUGGAGGAGGUGGUGGAUCUGCUCAAUAUGGAGAAUUGACGGCUGAACAAAUCCAACAGCAAUUGGCUCUUCACAAGGCUGGCAAUCCAAUGGCAGCUGCAGCUGUUGUUGCAGGAUCACCCAAUAUGCCAACACCACCAACGCCAUCCGCCGCAGCUGCUGCGACUCCAAGUUAUCAACAAUAUUACUCUGCAUAUCCACAAGGUAUGGCUGCUACUGCCGCUUAUCCAGGUCAAUAUUAUCAGGGAUAUCCUACGCCAGCACAACCACCGUAUCCAUAUCGUCCACCACCACCAGGUGCUCCUUAUGCUGCUGCAAGUCCAUGGGAUGCUCAACAGCAACAUAAUGCUCCCUAUGCACAAGCCCAACAGCCACCACCAUACCCUGCAGCAACCACAACAGAUCCAGCAUAUCAACAGCAACCAUCACAACCACCACCAUUACCAACAUCUCAACAACAGCAACUACAGGCAGGUGUACAAGGUAGUUAUUAUCCUGCACAGACUACUACUGCUGCUGCUGGAGGAUACGAUUAUAGUGCUGCACAAUCUAGCAACGACCAAGCUACAUCUACUACACUCCUCGAUCCAAAUGCUGAAGCUGCUGCUGCUCAAGCCACUACAACAGGUACAACAGUGACUGAAACGGGCAAAAAGAAGGCAUCAAAGACUGUUCUUAUAUACAAUGACAAUGAAGUAUCACCGGAGGAACGACGAGCAUUAUUAGAGAAGCAUCGAGUGGCGGUUGUUGCAUGA